GUUUUGCGCUGUGCGCGGGGCCAUGGGCUGCUGUCAAGACAAGGACCAUCAGACCUCGGACGAACAGGCAAGGGAGGACCAGACAAACGAAGUCAGGGAAGGAAAUCGAUUGGACAACGUAGGCCGCCGAAAACCAAAAUCUAACGACAGCUUUCUGAUCACCGCGCUGUGGCGCCGGCUAUCCAUGUUCAGCCGUCGGGGGUCCUCACGGUCCAGCAAGAGGCCCUCGGAACAGGGUGCCAGGCAUGACAGUCCCAUCCAGGAGCGCAAACGUGAGGAGAGCCACAAGGAGCCAGAGCAGGGUUGACCUCAACCCUGUGCCUAGUUCUCAGUCUUUCCCAACAACCAGAGAAUAAAAUUAAUAACGUAGGUCUACCCAAAGCACUAGCGCUUCCGCAGCCAGCUGUGCCCUUGCCGGAGGCCACGGGCUCUUUAAGGCUCCAGCGGUCUCUCCCCCGGGCUUCUGCGCUUGCGCAGGGGGCGGGGCCACGGCGGCAUGACCAAUCUGGCGCGGGGGCAGGGCCGCAGAGGCAGCCUGGCCAAU